AUGCAGGGAAUGAGCACGCCGCAUGACAGUCGUUCCCCUGAUCAACUCAGUGACAGGGCGGGCGUUUGUGCCAGUAGCCCGAGCUUCACAAUCUCCUCUGGAGCAACUCCAUCCCAUCGCGACGACUCGACAACUGAAGCCAGCCAUGGCUCCAGCGAUGGCCCAAGGAAUCCAAGCACCGGGAGACAGCCUGGCUUUGAACAUGGCUACCAAAACGCUUCCGUGCCGACAGAAACCACUCCAUUCGACAUUUUCCGCGCCCUACACAAGCUUGCGGUACGCCCAAACCAGCAAAUAGCACUCGACGCCAUACACAUGUCGAGGCCGUUCGUCGUCACAGAUGUGUCGGGACUCGACGAGGCUGUUAUCUUUGUCUCCGAUAGCUGGCUGACACUGACGGGAUACGAUCGCGAGGAUAUCCUGGGGAAGAACUGUCGUAUUCUUCAGUCCCCGCCCGGCAAGGUUAGCCCUGGCCGCCCGAGCGAGUUCAACAUGGGUGCCUCAGCCUACGAACUCAAGCAGAAGAUUCGUACCGGUCAGGAAAUUCAACAUGUCAUCCUCAACUACAAAAAGACCGGAGAAGUCUUCAUGAACAUGCUAACCAUCAUCCCUAUUUCUUGGGACACGCCGGAUAUUCGUUUCAUAUUCGGCUUUCCAACCGACAUGUCAUUAGCAUCGCUCCCUGCCAACUUCCGGCUCGAUGCGCAUACCAUGAAUGUCAUGGCAAGGAAUCUUGACUUGCCAGAUUCCGUGGACGCCAUGAUAACGCAGCUCAGUGGUCAUUAUAGGAUGCAGCCUAGCAAUUCGCAAGUGAAGCAGGACAAUCCUAAUCGUGGUGAAAAUUCCCAAAAGCCUCACUUCAGGAGCCCAACGGAGCAGAACCAAAGGAUUUCCCAACUGUUAUCACAUUUGAUGUCAGAUAGCGAUUUCAUGUCACAUGUCGACACUGAUGAGUGGAAUAGUAUGCUCCUGGAGAACACGGGUGGUUUGGUCCAAGUGCUUUCCCCCAAAGGAACCAUUGUCUUCAUCUCAUCAUCAUCACACCGACUGCUAGGUUAUCGCCCGGAUGAGUUACUCGGUACCUGCAUAGAAAGCAUUUGUCACCCCUCCGAUGCCGUGGCAGCAUUGCGGGGGCUGAAGAGUUCUUCUGCUGACAGCCCGAUCGAGUUGAACUUCCGGCUCAGGCGACAGGAUGGCCAGUAUUUACUGUUCCAAAACUAUGGCGCCACGUGGAAAGAGAAUCCUCGCAAAUGGGCCGUUCUCGUUGGAUACCCGCAAACCAUGUUCCCUCUCCACAGUCAAGUCAUUGACCGAAACGUUGGCUUUGGCGAUCGGGACAUAUGGUUUAAAGUGUCAACAUCAGGCCUGGUCUUGCAUGUCUUCCCUAACCCGCAGCCAGCCCUUGGGAUCCAGACAACAAGCCUGGUCGGCACUAUGCUGGGCACUCAUAUCAACGAUCAGAGCGAACGGGUACAAUUCCAAUCUGCGUUGCUGAACACGCGGUUAGAUGUGACCACAUCGACCCUACGGCUUCGUACCGCCCGAGGUCACGAUCUGCCAACACAGAUGUUGUUUUACCCUGGAGAGACUAGUGGCGACACAAAACCUCAUUUCCUCCUGGUGCAAUGUAGAAUAUUAAAGCCCCCAGCGCGAGGCGCAAGUUCGUACUUCUAG